UUGCGACCGCCUGUUCGUUCCCGCUGUCUUCCCUCACCUGACCCCGCGUCUGCAAACGCCGCGCUCGACCCGUUUGGAGGUCACGCAAACGGCGGCACGGAUUGGGACCAAAGGGGGAUUGGCGCAGCCGAGGCGCCGCAAGACAAACGGGUGCAGCUUCGCGGCUAAUUAAGCGAAUGUGCCAGCCCGGUCCAGAGAGAGUUCCAGAAAUAGCGAGAGGCUCGCCUGUUUUCCUCUCUUUUAGUGCUCCAAGGGGAUUUGACACGGGUUUCGUCUCCCAUGCAACGAAUAAUUGCAUGUUUUUGCCUCAGAUGUCUCCAUGUGGAUCAGAGGGGAUCCUGGGAAAGGAACAGCCGCUGGAGGUUCUCAAGACGUCGCCGCUCAACCACAUCCCAACAGUGGACAUCAAUUCAGCGCUGCCCCUGCGCCUCCCACCUGCCGCCAUCCCCAUGGAUCUGCGCGUGGACCAGCAGCGCCAGGCGUCACCGCCCCAGCAGCGGGCCGCCGCUCCCGCGCGCGAGCAGCAGCUGCAGCAGGAGUUGCUGAGCCUGAAGCAGAAGCAGCAGAUCCAACGGCAGAUCCUCAUCGCCGAGUUCCAGAGGCAGCACGAGCAGCUUUCCCGCCAGCACGAGGCCCAGCUCCAGGAACACAUCAAGCAACAACAGGAGCUGCUGGCAAUCAAACACCAACAGGAGCUGUUGGAGCACCAGAGGAAAAUGGAAAACCAUCGUCUGGAGCAAGAGCUGGAGAAGCAGCAGCGCGAACAGAAGCUGCAGCUGCUGAAGAACAAGGAAAGAGGGCAGGAGAGUGCCGUGGCAAGUACCGAGGUGAAAAUGCGACUCCAGGAGUUUGUCCUCAACAAAAAAAAGGCCCUGGCCCAGCGGAGCCUCAACCAGGGCGGCCCCCCGAACGAUGCGCCGUACUGGUACAGAAAAACUCAGCACAGCUCUCUAGACCAGAGCUCCCCUCCGCAGUCCGUCAUGUCCACCUAUAAUCACCCUGUGCUGGGCGUCUACAAUCCACGGGAUGACUUCCCACUUCGGAAAACAGCCUCGGAACCCAACUUGAAGCUGCGCUCCAGGCUGAAGCAGAAGGUCAGCGAGCGGAGGAGCAGUCCGCUCCUCCGCCGCCGAGAUAGCCCCGUCGCCUCUGCAAAAAAGCGCUCCCUCGACAUGGCAGAUUCUGCAUGUAGCAGUGCCCCGGGCUCGGGCCCAAGCUCCCCGAACAACAGUUCCAACAACAUCCCCAGUGAAAACGGCAUCGCUGUGUCAGUCUCCAACAGCAAAGAGGCAUCCAUAAGUCAGAGGAUUUGCAGUGGUGCCGAGGGGGGCUCUGUGAGCCAGGUAUCCCUCUACACUUCACCGUCCUUACCGAACAUCACCCUGGGCUUGCCUGCCACCGCCACCACCGCAUCCAAUGUGACGUCUGCUCAGCAAGAUGGCGGCGGUCUGCAGCCGGCGCUCUCCCUCAGCCCUCCUUUCCUCUCAGGUGGCCGCUUGACACCCUACCUGGCUGAAGCGGCAGCGGGGACAGGCGGGCACAGUCCGCUGCUCCAGCACAUGGUUUUAAUGGAGCAGACUCCUGCGCAGAGCCCGCUGGUGACAGGUUUAAGUGGCUUGUCCAUGUCCCCGGCAGCCUCCAUGGCCAAGCUGCAGCGCCAGCACCGGCCUCUGGGCCGCACCCAGUCGGCGCCGCUGCCGCAGGGGAGCACCGCCCAAGCCCACGCCCAGGCGCUGGCUCUACAACAGCUGGUGCUCCAGCAGCAGCACCAACAGUUCCUGGAGAAGCACAAGCAGCAGUUCCAGCAGCAGCAGCAGCAGCUCCAGUUCAACAAAUUGAUAGCCAAGCCUGGCGAGUCGCCCGUGGGGCGCCAGCACCAGAGCCACCCGGAGGAAACGGAGGAGGAGCUGCGAGAGCACCAAGAUGUUGGCGCGCUACCGCUAGGGGUCACCGUCAAGCAGGAGCCCCCCGACCCGCAGGAGCUCCAGGACGAAGCGCUGCAGCAGCACCGGGAGCGGGAGAGGCAGGCCGAGCAGGAGCUUCUCUUCAGACAGCAGGCCUUGUUGUUGGAGCAGCAGCGCAUUCACCAGCUUCGCAACUAUCAGGCUUCCAUGGAAGCCGCCGGCCAGUCCGUCUCCUUCCCGGGACAUCGGCCUCUGUCGCGGGCGCAGUCGUCUCCGGCUUCGGCCUCGUCCUUCUCCAUCAGCGCCCCGGCGGCCCCCUCGGACCCGCCCGUCAAGCCUCGCUUCACCACGGGUCUGGUGUACGAUUCUCUAAUGCAGAAGCACCAGUGCAUGUGCGGCAACACCAACAGUCACCCGGAGCAUGCGGGCCGGAUCCAGAGCAUUUGGUCCCGCUUGCAGGAAACCGGACUCAGGUCGCAGUGCGAGUGCAUCCGUGGGAGAAAGGCCACUCUGGAGGAGCUGCAGACGGUUCACUCAGAAGCCCACGUCCUGCUGUACGGAACCAACCCUCUCAGACAGAAACUCGAUUGUUCAAUCACUCCCAUGUUUGUGCGGCUACCGUGCGGCGGGGUGGGCGUGGACAGCGACACAAUCUGGAAUGAAGUCCACUCCUCCAGCGCCGCUCGCCUCGCUGUCGGCUCGGUUGUGGAGCUCGUCUUCAAAGUGGCCACCGGAGAGCUAAAGAACGGUUUUGCUGUGGUGCGACCUCCUGGACACCACGCAGAGGAAAGCACUCCCAUGGGCUUCUGCUACUUCAACUCUGUGGCCAUCGCUGCCAAACUGCUGCAGCAGCGACUCAGCGUCAACAGGAUCCUCAUCGUGGACUGGGAUGUUCACCACGGCAACGGCACCCAGCAAGCCUUCUACGAUGACCCCAAUGUUCUCUACCUGUCUAUUCAUCGCUAUGACGACGGCAAUUUCUUCCCCGGUAGUGGCGCGCCUGAGGAGGUCGGAAGCGGCCCUGGAGUCGGCUUCAACGUCAAUGUUGCCUUUACUGGAGGGCUCGACCCGCCCAUCGGAGAUGUGGAGUACCUGGCUGCCUUCAGAUCCGUGGUGAUGCCCAUCGCCAAUGAGUUUGCUCCAGACAUGGUGCUCGUGUCCUCCGGCUUCGACGCAGUGGAAGGACACCCUCCGCCACUUGGGGGCUACGCUCUGACAUCCAAAUGUUUCGGCUAUCUGACGCGCCAGCUGAUGAGUCUCGCCGGAGGUAGGUUGGUCUUGGCUCUGGAGGGGGGUCAUGACCUAACCGCCAUCUGUGACGCCUCAGAGACUUGCGUCGCUGCGCUGCUCGGACAGGAGCUGGUGCCGCUGCCCAAGGCUGUCCUGGAGGAGAGGCCCAACCCCAACGCUGUUCGCUCGCUGGAGAAGGUUCUCGAGACUCACUGCAAGUACUGGCACUCGGUGUGCCGCCUCCCGCCACAGCCGGGCCUCUCUCUUUCGGAGAGCAAGCGCGGCGACUCGGAGGAGGCCGAGGCCGUCAGCGCCAUGGCCUCUCUGUCGGUGGCCAACACGAGCGCUGUGGAUCACAGACCUGAGGAGGAACCGAUGGAAGAGGAAGAACCACUGUAACAUGGCGGGGGGGGGGCAAUACGCCACGGUGUCACGCUGUUAGCGCUGUUAGCAUUGACCUCUCCGGAGGCCACGGCCUCUCUGAGCGGCAAGGAGUCUCGACCGAUCCCGUCAUUUAGUCCCCCACCCACCGGCCCCCCUCCCCCGACACGACCCAGCACCUUGAUUGGUGGAGUGACAGGGGGCGGGCUCAGCCUCAGAGUAGGGAGCCAAUCAGGAGACAGAGGACUGGAAUCGCAAAAAAUCAAAACACGAGUUGUUUUUUGGUGCUUGUUUGGAGCUGUUUUUCUGUCAGUCUUCGCACCCUCCAAGGACCAGUGAGCAAGGAAGCAGUGGCAGAUGUUUUUCAAGGGAGGGGGCUCGAGUUCAGGUCUCACCACGCAAAGGUGAGAUUCUUUGCGGAAACGAAACGGUGUCCGUGUGACGCAACACCGAAUCAACACCGCGGACACAGGACGUCCCGACGGCUGCCAGUCGCAGCUCUGGAUUUUCCGUUUUUCUCCACUAUUGUUCCAUUUUCCGCAAAGGGAAUGUCAUCUACAACAUGCGUUCACCGUGGACGUCGGCUCUUACAAAUGUGUUUUCAUCAGAGGUUCUGAGAGGAGUGCCUUGGUGAGGGUCCGCUGCAUUUCAUGAUUGUUCAGGAAAAGUUUGCCUUAAGAUUUCCUUGUGGGAAAUCAGCGCCAGGGAGGGACGAGAAUUGGAACAAUAUAGCAAAAAUUUUUCAGCAUGUUUACUUGGAACGUGGCAAUGCGCCUCUUAAAGAGUUAUUUUACAAUUUUGGGUGGAUGGAUCUAUUUUUCUGUGGGAAGGGACAUGCUGUGGAAGGGUAUUUGCCAGCUUGAGUGCAAACGCACGUCGCGAAAUGGACUGCUUUGACUCUUCCGUGGCUUCCCUUUGAAAGAUAGAAGAAGCGUGAGAGGAGAGGCCGGACAUUUUUGCAAAGCGAAGAAAGCCAAAGCACCAAUCUGCAUCGAGCAAACACAUUAGGAAAAGCCUUCUUCCCAGGUCACUGAAUUUGAUUGUUGAUCCUGUGCUGCGCUGGCAACUACCUACAGCAGUUACUCGUGCGACUCCAGUCUUGUAGAUGAAAUCGCCUAGAUUUUGUGCGACGGCCUCGUCAUAUCGACAUGUUUGAUUUUUCCGCACCGUCCAUUUCCACCACUUUAUUUUUUGUUUAUUUUUGACUUGCUUUUUUUUUAUCCAUUUCUGGAUAGUUAUCGGGCUGCCAUUCGCAAAAGGAGUGUCACAGAAUUUGUUCCUUUUUGUAAAGAGCGACUUUCUUUCUUUGUAUGGCUGUUCAGGCCACUGCGUUUUUCAUCGAUUGUGUAUUUAUAAUGUACUGUUUAUAGAAGAUUUGUAUAUGGAAAAUUUCUAAACGUACUCUAAUGACAGCUAUGAUAUUGUGAGCGGAACACAUUGCGGCGGUACUCCACGGACGCAGAAAACAAAGCGAAACAAGCAGCGGCGUAUUUAGCUACUCGUGCGCGGCGCUGCUGCGAUAUGAAGUCAUCACACGGCGCUGCUUUGGACUUUUCCUCGUAGAGUCAAAUCACUUUGUUGCCUAAGUGUCGGCCUUUUCUCUCGCGCACGCAUUAUUUGUUAUUUGGAAAGAAAAAGGCCGGCGCACGAGAUGCGGAACGGAUCCAACCUUCUCAUCGUUCGUGUCUGUGACUUUGGGUCGGCAUCACCGUGCGAUGAUCAAUCCGUUGCGAGACAAUUUGUGUCACUACCUGCGUCCCAAGACGAAGACCUCUUCUUUAAUUCUAAUCAUUUUAGCAGCGGUGCAACUUAGACUAAAGCGUGACUAGUUGAAAUAGGUAUAUCUGGUGCCAAUGUGUCAUCAGCGUAGUGUUAUAUUUUGCUUAUAUUUUCCAGCGACCCUCCUUAUCAUGUUUUCUCUUCAUUUGUCUAUUAACGCCCGGCCGUGACGACCAUGACACUUAUUUCAAGUUUUGAUUCAUUUUAUAAACUUGUAAAAUGUGACUUUUUACUUGAUGGUCUAACAAAAGCAUUCCAUUGGAUGAAUUCAUGUGAUUUUUGUUGUUGUUGCCUUUUAGACACGCUUUUACAUCUUCUUUUUGCUUCCUGCUCGCACCAACUUUAACUCUUUGCAUGAUUUGUGAGUCAGCAUGCCUGCUUGUCUGUGUAACAAAAAAAAUUAUUUGAGGAAUAGAGGAAGAACAAACAAAAAACCAAGAGUUUUCUUCCUAUCCGCUGUGCAAACAAAACAUUUGAAAAGACUUUGGUCCCAAUGACUCCACCGCGGUUCUUCUUGUUUCUGACGAGUGAUUUGAGCACUUCAAAUGGAUCUCGACGGACUGCGUUUGCUCUGCCACGUUCAUGAAAGACUCUCCCAAAGAAUGUUCCUUUUUCAAAGAUGUUUCGACCGGCGCGGUGGACGCUGGAGUAAUGCUGCGCUUUUAAUUGGGGAAGCAGUUUGGAGGAGGACAUUUGAUUGUCACGCCCGCAUCGGCCAGUCCUGCAACUAACCACUGUGGCUCAAGAGCAAUUCUUGGUUUACAUGUAAAUGGCAAAGAAGACGUUAUUUUUUGUUUGCAGUCUAUGUCUCUUAACAAUGGAAAAAAAAAAACUAAGAAAGAAGUUAUUUCUUGGGGACCUACGCUUUGGACGUUUCAUCUCUGACAUCUAAAAAAAUAUAUUUCUGAAAAAUA